CCUUUUUCCAUAUGCAUUAGUGCCAUAUGAUGAACACGCUUAGAACCAGCUUGGCCACUUGAACUGUCAGUGAUACCUUCAGGGAACCCAAUCAGUUAAGUCACCGCAGUCACAGGUGGCAGACCCUGUUUUACAAGGCGCAGCUCUCGCCUCCUCCCACAGCCAAACGUAAAGAAAGUCAGGCGUUGAGACCAAACGAACUUGGGAGAGGAAUUCACUCUACGUUUACCACGUUGUCUACUUUAAACCUCAAUAACUUCCUAGCUAUCCGACUGAAGGGAUUAUUAUUUCCCUUUCAUGGCAUUUCACAAGGAAGACAGCCAUGAGGACGCACGAGAGUGUCCAGUGUGUUAUGAGUGUCUUUCGGGCACAGAGAGGACUCUAUGCUGCGGACAUAUGUUCUGCCACGACUGUCUGGUCAAAACGCUCGUCAGCAUUAACAGCGAUGGAAACAUCAGAGACACUAUUGUUUGCCCCAUCUGUCGACAUCUUACUUUCAUCAAGAAGCAAAAGGAAGCGCUGGUGUCGCUCGCGGCGGACAAAACCUCGGAUGAAACGCAGACGCUCGAGGUGCCUCUCCCGCUGCCACAGGGACACCCCCAGAGCGCACGGCGCACCUCCAGGGGCACUUUACCGAGGGGAGCUAAUUGGAUUGCUCAUUGCUUUAGGGACGUCUCCGAACGAGUCCGUCGACAGAGGCUGAUCAGCCCCAGCCACAAUGCGUCUCAGAUCUUUAUCAUAAGCGCUGAAGGGCGACCCAUGGCUGAGGAAGAUGCGCUCAGCCCUGUGAUGACUGUGGUUCAGCCCCAGCGCAGGCGACGGCGUAGGAUUUGCACAACUGCCCGAUGCCUGGUCGUUUUACUGUCAGCAUUUACUGUACUCGCACUAGUGGCUGCAACUUUACCCUGGAUUUUGUUGGCGUAACCCAGUGAUAUGGAUGUCUGGAUGAAGUGCCAAUGAUGAACUAACAUCUGUAGAAAACUUAUUGUCAUGUGGCUCAUCUACCAGUUAUGCAAUGAAGCAGUCGUACUUUAAAACUUUGUAAACUGUUUAAUUUGUCCUCCUGAUUCAAACAAUCUGUUGCAAUACAGCACAUAAUCAAUCCACAGGAAACGUACAAUUUAGACAAAACUUCAAAGCCAACUUUAGUUUGUAGCAUGGUUUUCGUCUUCAUGGUUUCCUUACCUGAUUUUAAAGAAAAGUCAGAAAGUUGCAUACCCAUGUGUUUUAUGUGCAUUACCAAGCAACAGGCUGGGAAAGCCUCGACAAAACUCUUUUGUUCCUGUCUGCGUCAUGUUGUACCACUUUUAUGGGAAGCAAACAUGCAGGAUUUUUUUAAGCUUUCAAAACACAACUAAAAUUUGUAAAUCCAACUACAGUAAAUAUUUUGCAUUAUAGAACAAAGCAGGAAAGAAAGUUUAGCACGAAGAAGUGCAAUAAUAAUAAUAAUAAUAAUAAAAACAUCAAACACUAUUGUUUUUAUAGCAGCUCAGUUCAUUGUGGGGUUACCCUGUUGUUGGAUACGCUGUUUCCAAGCAACUUUGUGGGCAAAAGCUGUAUAGCUGCAGAGCAACAACCACCACAACCACAGCAACUUCAGGUUUAUUUUGGGCAGGUUACACUUUGGCAGCAGGGAGCAAAGUGUGACAGUGAAGAUCCUGUUAAAAUAUGUAUCAUGCUGACAGAUCUUCUUACCUCCUUACAUCACGAGGAAAGAUGUCUGACAUUUAAAAAAAAAAAAAAAUCCCACAAUUUCCUUUUUAAACUUCAAUUUAACUAAUGCUCAUCAAGUGAAAAUGCUUAAUAUGCAGAUGGCUGGAGAGAGUUAGUGGUUGUAUUAGGCCCUUAAAAAACACUGUAACCGGCUCACCUUGUAGUGUGUACAAAGACGCUGUAAACAGAGCUACCUUUAAAACCUUCAGUAAGGAAUAAUUGAUGUGCUCGUGGUGGUCUGAAGGAGAUAGAUCAGGAGGCAGGGAUGAGCUGUGCGUGGCUGGUUGCUGUAAGGAGAUACACUGCUGGAGCGUAGCAUUAGAUUACCACCGACUCUUUAAGAAUCCAGAUUAAGAUGGAGCAGAGAGACCCACGUUUUGCAACCCGGGGUGGAGAUUCACCACAAAUGAAAAACUAGUUUUCAGAAUGAUCUUUGUCAGUAUCGCCACACCAUCCUGACACUCCUGUGGCAAACCUUCAGCCAUCUUGCUGGGCCAGUCCUACUGGUUGCACACAUGAAGAGGCUCCUGCUAUUCAGCCAUGCACGGUUUUUCAGAGUGUGGGAGGAGGAGGAUAAGGAUUUAUUGAUAUAUUUGAUGAGUCAGACUUCUUCUGUUGGUGGCUUGCAUGCAAAGCAUAAAGGUGGAAAUGCACAAAAGUCACCAAUUUCAAGGCAAAGAGACAAGAGCUGAAAAGGGAUAAUAUGAGCAUUUUAUUCAGGUCAAAAUGAUCACACUACCAACAAUGAGACAGCUGCUCAGAUAACAAGCUGAUCUUGUUUGAGACUUUUCUUUAAUAUUAGAUUUUUUGUACUUUCACCUCUUUGGCUCUUAGACAAAUAUUUAAACGGAACCAUGUGAGAAAUUUAGAGCGGAAAUGUCUUUUUGGUGAAACAAGCAACAACUCAUACAUCUGGAGCAUGAUAAGGAGCUCCAGCUAGACACAUUGUUUUUUUUAGAAAGUACAAGCAAAAAAAGAUUGUAAUGUGCUGGCUUAGUUCUUUACAGAAUGCUGUAUUUCAUAUGGUUAUCACAUGUGUUGUAUAAAAACUCUUAAUCUGAAAAGUUACUACUGACUAUAGCCAUAUAAGGUGAGUAAAAAGCACAAUAUAUUCCCCUAGAAAGUUAAGUGUAAAGCAGCAGAAAAUGGAAAUAUUGUAAGAGUACAUCAAAAUUGUACUUAAGUUGUUUAAAUGUCCUCAAUGACUUUCAAUCACUGCUUCCAGGAUUUUUUUUUCCUUUUAAUGGUGGCAAUUCAUUCGUGACAAUUCUGUCAUCAAGGUUCACCAACAGAACAAAAACAACAGAAAUGCAAAAAAAAAAAAAAAAAAAAAAUA